AUGCCUUUUCAACAAUUUCAGUCCUCGUUUAUCGAGGCAUUGAAUACUACUCCUCCUUUAUCAUUACCCUCGCAUCUAAGGCUACGGGCAGCUUCCCUCCUCGAUACCUUCAUCCAUUACUAUGGCCUCGAGCGGACGACACGGAAUCGCUACAAGCCUUCGAUACUCAUCCAGGCCACAUUCCAGCAUGUUGUUUGCAAAGAUGCCUUCUUGAUGUUCUUUCUCGCUUACAUCUAUGGUGUUCUAUCUGCAAACACGGAUAUCUCCGUUGGUUCGGAUAUUAUGGCCGCCCUGGUAUCAUACUUUGACGAUUUCGAUUCCUGGGAUUCACAACAGAAGAGCGACCUUACGAACGCCAUUGAAGAUUUCGCUGAGAAUUUCAUUACCCACUUUCUUCUCCCAAUCAAGUCUGGAAAGACACCACAGCCCACAGCAGAGUCACUAGCCGCCUCGAUAGAGCCUUCUUCGUCUCCUGACACACCACAAUCAAUCUCAAUCCUACGGCAACAAUGUUUUGAGCGUGAUCGCUGCCGCUGUGUGGUCUCGCGAAAGUUCGACAAGAAGGAAGCUGAAAGGCGGUUUGACCAGCAAGGAGAGGAGUGCAAGGACAAUGACGGAGAGCUGCUGAAAAACGAAUCACAUAUCCGAUUUGCGUACCUGAAAAUCAGUCACAUUUUGCCUUACCGCAUAACAAAGGUCGCCCCCGGGGACUUCGAUAUAAGCGAAUCGAAGAAAAACGUACUCCGCAUGCUGGAUUGGUUCGAACCCGGCGUUUCCGACCUCAUUGACGGCGCGAAGAUCCACAGUCCUUCGAAUGCUCUUACUCUAGCGCACAAGUAUCAUCGUCUAUUUGGUGACUUUCAGAUAUGCUUCGAGCCGACAGGAAUACCGAAUCAAUAUACGAUUGAGUCGAUCCAGCAAUUUGCCUGUCUGCGUGACUCGUUGUUUCCAGUCACCCGCACAUUGACAUUCAGUCCUACCAUCGACGCGCCCUCUCCGCGGCUUCUCGCUAUUCAUCAUAUCAUUGCACAGAUAAUCCAUCUGAGUGGCGUAGCUACAUACCUCGAUGAGAUUUUGCAAGACUUGGAGGUGCAGGGUGUGAAAGAGGAUGGAUCAACCCAUUUAGGGCAUCUAACAACCUUGCGAUUUGGCGGCUGGUGA